AUGAAAACCUCGUGGGAAACCAGUAACCAAAGCUAUCAAGGAGAAUUCAUUUUACUGGGAGUGGCUGACCGGCCAUGCUUGGAGAUGUUGCUCUUUGCCCUUGUUCUUGUCUGCUACAUGAUGACUCUUCUGGGCAACACUACUAUCAUUGUUGUGUCGAGACUAGAUCCAGGGCUCCAUACCCCCAUGUAUUUCUUCCUCAGUAAUCUUUCCUUCAUUGACCUUUGCUUCACCACCAGCCUUGGGCCCCACAUGCUGGUGAACUUCUGGAGAAAAAGCAAGACUAUCACUUAUGGUGGAUGUGUGGCUGAAUUGUACAACUCUCUUGCUCUGGGCUCCACAGAGUGUACUUUGUUAGCUGUCAUGGCCUAUGACCGCUAUGCUGCCAUCUGUCAUCCACUGCGCUACAUUAUGAUUAUGAGCCACUCUCUGUGCUUCAUGAUGGCUGCUACCUCCUGGAUAAGUGGCUUCGGUGUCUCACUACUUCAUACAGUGAUGACUCUUAGGCUUCCUCUGUGUGGACAGAAUCGGGUAGAUCAUUUCUUUUGUGAGCUCCCUGCCUUUCUUCAAUUGGCUUGUGUUGACACUUCACUUAAUGAGGUUGUGAUAUUUUCUACUAGCGUAUUGUUCCUUCUAAUUCCAGUUAGUCUCAUCAUGGUCUCUUAUGGCUAUAUAGCUGCUGCGGUUGUGAGGAUUCGCUCAGCUGAGGGCAGAAAGAAGGCCUUCAACACUUGUUCCUCUCACCUGAUGGUAGUCUGGCUCUUCUAUGGCACAGCCAUUUUCAAUUAUUUCCAGCCUCUGUCCAUUUCCUCCCGUGAUCGACGCAAGAUGAUUUCCCUUUUCUAUACCUUUGUCACCACCAUGCUUAAUCCACUGAUCUACACUCUGAGGAACAAAGAGGUGCAUAAAGCUCUCCACAGACUAAUCAAGAAGAAAUAA